UUGUGCUGCAGCAUCUCCCAGCCUCGCCGACCACAGGCGUGCAGAGCUAGCAGGGCUGAGGUUACACCGAGACUGAGCCCUGGCUGGGCCUCCCACGGAGGGGUGGAGCUCUGUUACACACUGUGCCUGGAGUUACAGGCCAUGGUGGUUUUGUCAAUGGUCCUUGGGUUCCUGCUGGCCCUGAGCAGGUGCGAGAGGGCGUCAGAUGCCAAGAUCCUAUCCCCAGGGGAGGACACGGAACAGGGGGAUCCUGACCAGUCCCUGCUGGGGUCCUGUCAGCCAGCUCCCUCCUGCCAGCAGUGCAUCCUCUCGCACCCCAGCUGUGCAUGGUGCAAGCAACUGAACUUCACUGCGUCGGGAGAGGCGGAGUCGCGGCGCUGCGCCCGGCGAGAGGAGCUGCUGGCCCAGGGCUGCCCCCCGGAGGAGCUGGAGGAGCCCCGAGGCCGGAAGGAGGUGCUGCAGGACCAGCCGCUCAGCCAGGGCAUCCGCGGCGAGGGGGCCACCCAGCUGACGCCACAGCGGGUGCGGGUCACCCUGCGGCCCGGGGAGCCUCAGCGGCUCCUGGUCCGCUUCCUCCGUGCCGAGGGCUACCCGGUGGACCUAUACUACCUCAUGGACCUGAGCUACUCCAUGAAGGAUGACCUGGAACGCGUGCGCCAGCUCGGGCGCGCCCUACUGGUCCAGCUGCAAGAAGUCACCCAUUCUGUGCGCAUUGGCUUUGGCUCCUUCGUGGACAAAACAGUGCUGCCCUUUGUGAGCACAGUGCCCUCAAAGCUGCGCCACCCCUGCCCCACCCGGCUGGAGCGCUGCCAGCCACCCUUCAGCUUUCACCAUGUGCUGUCCCUGACGGCUGAUGCUGAGGCCUUCGAGCGGGAGGUGGGGCGGCAGAGCGUGUCCGGCAACCUGGACUCACCUGAAGGUGGCUUUGAUGCCAUUCUGCAGGCUGCACUCUGCCAGGAGCAGAUUGGCUGGAGAAAUGUGUCCCGGCUGCUGGUGUUCACCUCAGAUGACACAUUCCACACAGCUGGGGAUGGGAAGUUGGGUGGCAUUUUCAUGCCCAGUGAUGGGCACUGCCACUUGGACAGCAAUGGCCUCUACAGUCGCAGCCCAGACUUUGACUACCCCUCCGUGGGUCAGGUAGCCCAGGCCCUCUCUGCAGCAAACAUCCAGCCUAUCUUCGCUGUCACCAGUGCCACGCUGCCUGUCUAUCAGGAGCUGAGUAAGCUGAUUCCUAAGUCUGCAGUGGGGGAGCUGAGUGAGGACUCCAGCAAUGUGGUGCAGCUCAUCAUGGACGCGUAUAAUAGCCUUUCAUCCACUGUAACCCUUGAACAUUCUUCACUCCCUCCUGGGGUCCAUAUCUCUUAUGAAUCGCAGUGUGGAGGUCCCAAGGAGAGGGAGGGUGAGGCUGGGGACCGGGGCCAAUGCAAUCAUGUCCGAAUCAACCAGACGGUGAAUUUCUGGGUCACCCUCCAAGCCACUCACUGCCUCGCAGAGCCCCAUCUUCUGAGGUUCCGGGCCCGUGGCUUCUCAGAGGAGCUGAUUGUGGAGUUGCAUACACUGUGCGAUUGUAAUUGCAGUGACACCCAGCCUCAGGCUCCCCACUGCAGUGAUGGCCAGGGGCACCUACAAUGUGGGGUGUGCAGCUGUGUUCCUGGCCGUCUGGGCCGGCUUUGUGAGUGCUCCGAGGCAGAGCUGUCCUCCCCGGAUCUGGAGUCUGGCUGUCGGGUCCCCAACGGGACAGGGCCCCUGUGCAGUGGGAAGGGAGAGUGCCAGUGUGGACGUUGCAGCUGCAGUGGACAGAGCUCUGGACGUCUGUGCGAGUGUGAUGAUGCCAGCUGUGAGCGACAUGAGGGCAUCCUCUGUGGAGGUUUUGGCCGCUGCCAAUGCGGAGUGUGUUAUUGUCGUGCCAACCGCUCGGGCAGAGCCUGUGAGUGCAGUGGGGACACGCACAGCUGUAUUAGUCCUGAGGGUGGGCUCUGCAGUGGGCACGGACACUGCAAAUGCAACCGCUGCCAGUGCCUGGAUGGCUACUAUGGUGCCCUGUGUGAUCAGUGCCCAGGGUGCAAGACACCAUGUGAGAGACACAGGGACUGCGCAGAGUGUGGAGCCUUCGGUACUGGUGCCCUGGCCACCAAUUGCAGCAUGGCUUGUGCCCAUGCCAAUGUGACCCUGGCUUUGAACCCCAUCCUGGAUGAUGGCUGGUGCAAAGAAAGGACCCUGGAUAACCAGCUAUUCUUCUUCCUGGUGGAGCAUGAUGAUGGAAGCAGGGUCGUGCUGAGAGUGAGACCCCAAGAGAAGGGAGUAGACCACACUCAGGCCAUUGUGCUGGGCUGUGUAGGGGGUAUCGUGGCAGUAGGAUUGGGGCUGGUCCUGGCUUACCGGCUCUCAGUGGAAAUCUAUGACCGCCGGGAAUACAGUCGCUUUGAGAAGGAGCAGCAGCAACUCAACUGGAAGCAGGUGAGGAGGCUCUGCCUCUUAUCCCACUGGGCUGGAUCCUUCUUGCUCUCUGCUUCCCAUCCCACACCCAGCUCCUACUCCUCCCACCUAGAUCAUGUCCCUCCCAUGCACACUUAGUCUUAUUCCUCUGCCCACUUCCAUCAGUUACUAGAGUCCUGCUCAAGUUUUAGGUUGGCCUGUUAGGACUAAAGGGGAAGAGGAAUUUGGGGGUCCUUCUUGAUAAUCCUUCUUUCCUCAGGACAGCAAUCCUCUCUACAAGAGUGCCAUCACAACCACCGUCAAUCCCUGCUUUCAGGAAGCAGGGGUUCCUCCUUUCUGAAGGGGUAGGGGCACUCACCUCAGAGCUCUUCCCUCUGGGGGAAGGACAAUGGGAAUUGUGUGGGGACGGGGUCUACUAGGCGGCAGCCUGGGGACUUAUCUACCACAAAGGAGUGGGCACAACCUAACAUCAUGUUCAGUGACACCCAAAAGAGCUGUCUCCUCCUUGCUUUCCUACCUCAUCAAGGAGUGGGGAGUUUCUCCCAUCCAAACAUACAAUAAAGUCUUACUGCAAACCA